AUGUUGAUUCAAAAUUUAGCGAAGCUGUUGCUUCCUCUUACUGUCCUAACAGGUCAAGUCCUUGCCGUCGACCCAACUCCAGCUGAUAAGGCAAAAUGGGAUGCAGUAUGCAAACAAAAACCGACUGGACAAUGUGUCGCUCCUCCAGUUACAAACUGUUAUUGGGGUCCAUAUACCGAUCCAAAAACAAACCAACCUGGAUGCUGCGGUAAAGACAAGGGGACUUUCAGCGUUGAUCCCGUGAUCAGGACUGAAGGAGCAUGUUGCGUUGCUCCAAGUGUCUUUUCUUUCGAUGCCAAAACGAACAAAGGCGAUUGUUGCGCCCCGGGUAAAUUCUAUCAUGCCGAUCCGAACACCUUGAUUGGAAGCUGCUGUGCAAAUGACGAUGAUGUGUUCACCUGUGAUUGUUCUUGCAAGCCAAACCCAACACCUUCCUGCCCCAAGGGCGACGGAAAAGAAUUUACAGCUGGGGGCAAGAAAUACAAGCUAUAUUGUAAUUUGAGACCCGCAACUUCAUUGAGCGAUUGCAUGACCCGCUGUUCUGGGAUCAGUAACUGCGUCCGUGCAAUUUGGAAAGAAGCUACCGGAAUCUGCUAUCUACGAACUCACGGCAACAACGAUGUACCCGCAACAGCUGAUCCCUUUGAUAGUGCUCAUCUUAUCGAGGAGCCUGUUUGUCCCUGCCCGUGCCCAGGUACAACUCCAUGUCCAUCGUGCCCAACACCAGACCCCUUUCCAGAUAAAUGCCCGGCUGCUGAAGGCAAGACUACUACGGUGGGUGGAGUUGAAUACAAGGUUUAUUGUACAUUGGGCCACACAUCUGCAAAUCCAAACUUGGGAGUUUCGAGCGCAAACGAUUUGAAAGAGUGUAUGGAGCAGUGCUCUGCCAAAGUCUCACCUUUCUGUCAAGGUGUCAACUUCUAUGACGAUGGUAAUCCCACUGACAACUGUGUUUGGGCUUCUAUACACCAGAGUCCCCCAACAGCAUCAGCGCCUGCCGGAGGUGGCUUCUUGUGUGCUGUCCCUGUUACAAAGAGGACUUAG